AUGGAUGUUAAUAUAUUAGCAAAUGAUAUUGAAGAUAUUGAAACUGAUAUUAAUGUAAUACAAUCAGAUAUUAAUAAUUUACAAUCAAUUAAAUAUGAAUUACUUAAUGAAUUACAACAAUUACAACAACAACAACAACAACAACAACAGACUACUACUGCUACUAAUAACACUAGGAACAAUGACAUACCAAUAGAUGGUAACUACUAUGAUAUUCCUGAGUUAAUUAAACAUAGUCAUUUUGAUUCAAGUAUUAGUUCUUAUUUUGAAUCUUCAACCAAUGUAUCUUCAAUAAUACCACAACAACAACAACAGAAUACACCAAUAAACAUUAUACAACAAGAAAUUGAAUUAAGAGAAAACAUUCUUUAUGAAAACAUAUUUAGAAUGACUGGUAUCACUGCAUUUCCAUUAAACAAACACCUCCAGAAAGAACAAUUAAUGGGAUUAAGAUUUGAUAUUUAUUCAACAACAACAAAAACAUAUUCAUCACCUCAUUAUGUAAUAUUAAAGAAAUUAAAUUCAUUUGAUUAUAAAUUACAAAUACCAAAACGUAAUUGGAUCAUCUAUAGAGAUACAUUACCUAAAUACAUCCCCCUCAAAGAAUACAGCAACCUCCUAGAUGAACUGACUGAAAGUAUUCAUCUUUUUGUUGAACAAAUUAGACAAUUUAUUCAUAAAACUCAAUAUAAACAUGAUAAAUUUGAUCAAUUGAAAUCAUUAACAAGAAACAAUUUCGGAUUAAAAUUAAGAUCAAAUCUACCAAUGGUUCAUAAAAUCAAUCGAGAUUUACAAUGUCAAAGAAUUAAAUUAAUAAUUAAACAUAAAUCUUCAAUAUUAUUGGAAUUUGAAUUAUUAUGUUCAAUUGAUUUAAUUGAAACGGUGAAAAUUAUUAGUAAGAAUGAUCAACCACAAUUUCAAGAUCAUUUAAGAUUUUGUGAAUCAAUAGUUAAAGAUACAAAAAUUAAUGAUUUAUUGAAACGAUUUAGAUUGGUGUUUGAUGUGUUGAUUAAAGAGGGGAUAAUUGAAUAG